GAAUUACGUAGACCUGCCACUCGCGAUGAUUAUUUGUCCCAUAAUAAAUUUACAACUUUAAUAACUAAAAUCAUAUACGAAUAUUAUUGAACUUUACAUUUGUAGGUUCUAUUAUCACAGAGCCAUAUUUCGCGGCGUCAGUGAGCUAUACACAAAGACACCAUCUAAAUAGGAAGUGUUUUGCUUUGAUUUUUAGAAGAAUAUCUGAGCUCUGUAGGUCCAUACAAUGCAACUGAAUGGUGGCCAGAACUUUGAAGGUCCAAAAAGCACAAAAUCUUUGUUUGAAGAAAGAAAGUCAUACACAUCUGCAUGAGGACAGCAUCUUUUAUGUGAUCAAUGACAUCACAAGAGAAAAUUGAAGUAGUGCUGCUGGCAUGUGGCUCCUUCAACCCCAUCACAAACAUGCACCUGCGCAUGUUUGAACUGGCUCGGGAUCACCUUGAAGAUACUGGGUCCAAAACAUUCAAGUUCCAAAAAGGACUUAAAGGAAGAUACAGAGUGGUGAAAGGUAUAAUCUCACCGGUUGGAGAUGGCUACAAGAAGAAAGGUCUGAUUGAUGCCUGUCAUCGGUUGAAGAUGGCUAGACUUGCCACAGAGAGCUCUAGUUGGAUCACAGUGGAUGACUGGGAGAGUCAGCAGCCCGAGUGGGUGGAAACAGCCAAAGUAGUUCGGCACCAUCAUACAAAACUCAUUUCCUCUGAGAACUACAUUGAUGAUGUGGACACAGUGAAGUGUGGGAAGAAGAGAAAGCUGGAGCAACAUGAAAGCAUAUGUCAGAACUCUUCUCAUAUCAACACAAAAGCAGACACCGCCCAUCUGAAACUGCUGUGUGGUGCUGAUGUACUGGAGUCCUUUGGUGUCCCCAGCCUUUGGAAGCCAGAAGACAUUGAAGAGAUAGUGGGGCGUUAUGGCAUGGCGUGCAUAACUAGAUGUGGCAGCGACCCCGAAAAUUUUAUCAAUCAGUCUGAUGUGCUGUAUAAGCACCGUAAGAACAUCCAUGUGAUUCGUGAAUGGGUGACCAAUGAGAUCUCAUCCACCCAUGUGCGCCGGAGCCUACGCAGAGGACAGAGUGUACGUUACCUGCUGCCUGACUCUGUGGUGCAAUAUAUUCAGGAGCACAGCCUGUACAGUGCAGAGAGCGAGCAGAUGAAUGCCAGUGUCAUCCUCGCCCCCUUCCAGAGAUACACCAGCUCCAACUAGGCUUAUGCUCUAAUGCUUUACUUCUGGCCUCUUAAAUUCAGUUUAGAGUUUUUGGAGGAGGGCAGGCCUAUUACCCACAAGGCAUUGGAUAUUUUAGAAUUGCCUACAAGAAUUGUGUGCCAUUUGAAUGUAUUUUCUUAUGGAAGUUUAAAUAAAGACUGAUUGAUUAGAAGAUU